AGUUUCCAUCCCUUCUUGAAGUUUUGUCAUGGCAAAAAUAAAUGGUGAAGUACUCCAUGUAGUUUUUGUUCCAUACUUUACACCAAGUCAUAUGAUCCCCUUAGUUGAUAUAGCAAGACUUUUUUCUAGUCAUGGUGUUAAAGUCAGUAUUAUCACCACCCCCUACAACGCCCUCCUUUUCGAGUCCUCAAUCGAUCAUGACACUGAUUUAGGCCACAAAAUAUUCGUCCACAAACUCAAAUUCCCAUCAGCUGAAGUAGGCAUACCAGAAGGGAUCGAAAAUUUCAGUGUGGUCACUAGCAAAGAAAUGGCUCUAGGUGUAUAUAUGGGAAUUCCACUGCUUCAAAAACCUAUGGAAAGUCUUAUUUUCGAGCUUCGUCCUCAUUGCAUUGUUUCAGACAUGUUUUUCCCAUGGACUGUGGAUGUAGCAGAGCAAUUGAAGAUUCCUAGACUUAUGUUUUAUCCGACUAAUGUUUUGUUCCAUUGUGUGGAACAUUGUUUGAAGUUGUAUACACCUCAUGAGAAGGUAAGUUCGGAUUCAGAAAGUUUCAAGGUUCCGGGAUUACCAGAUCAGAUUGAAAUGAAAAGAUCUCAAUUGCCGGAGAAUAUUAAAACCAAAUCUGAAGGACCAUACUGGGAAAUGAUGAAGAGGAUUAAGGAAUCAGAACCUCGGAGCUAUGCUAUGAUUCACGACGCUAUCUAUGAACUAGAGUUGAGUUAUGCUGAGCUUUAUCAAAAAAUCAAAGGUAAAAAACCGUGGCUAAUUGGUCCUUUGUUUCAUUUUUCCAAGAGGGAAGAGGCAAACAAUUCGAGAAAUAGUCCAGAUCAAGAGCGACACAACUGCUUGAGUUGGCUUGAUUCUCAAGAACCAAACUCUGUUGUGUACAUUUGUUUUGGAAGUAUGGCGAGGUUUUCUGAUGCUCAGCUCACUGAAAUUGCCUUGGCUCUUGAGGCCUCGGAUUCACCCUUCCUUUGGGUGGUAAGAAAGGUUGACAAUGAACAAGAAAGCUGGAUGCCUACUGGCUUUGAGGAAAAAAUGCUUACAAACAACAAAGGUUUGAUAGUCAGAGGAUGGGUGCCACAGCUGAAGAUCUUGAAUCAUCCAGCAACCGGAGCGUUCAUGACUCAUUGUGGCUGGAACUCCACUCUGGAAUCUCUUACAGCCGGAGUGCCAAUGCUGACAUGGCCAUUGUUCGCGGAGCAGUUCUACAAUGAGAAGCUGGUGGAGGUUCUUGGAUGCGGGGUUGGAGUUGGGGCAGAGGUGUGGCACAAUUCAUUCGACAUCAAGGAUACGAUUGUCAACAAGGAAAAGAUAGAGGCGAGUUUGAAAAUGUUGAUGAACAUCUCCAGGGUAAGUGAAAAGAUCAGAAGUAGAGCAAUAGACGUCGAAGCAAUGAUUAAGAGGGCUGUGGAGAAAGGAGGCUCUUCUCAUAAUCAUCUAACUGCAUUAAUACAGGAGAUCAAGUGUCAUGUUUUUGGCAUAUCAGAAGAGUAAUCAGAAAUUUAAUGUCCUCCCGAGCU